AUGUCUCGCUCUCAAAGUCCCAAGUCUGGACCAGCCAUGUUACCGCCGCAUGACACCUAUACAAAAGCGUCCCCCAAGAGCUCGAGCAAGGGAUCACAGAUAUGUACAGACGACGAAGGCCCUGAAGAACCUGAAGUUAAAUUCGAAGACAGCCCACCCUCGAGGCCAUCCAACGCCCGUCCCGAGGCCGUCAUCAUUGGUAUCAAGGAAAGAGCCGAUGUCUGCAUCAUCGUCGGUGAAGGCGACGCCACACGUUCUUUCGAGUUCAACGCCGGCGUGCUUGCUUCGACUUCGGCAGAGUGGGACAAGAUCCUGCCAGGUCCCGCCACGGCUGGCAAGCCCUGCCUUGUGCUCCCUGCGAUCGAUCCCGCCGCCAUGAAGGUGCUUUUGCACGCUUGCCACUUCGAAUACGAACAUGUCCCCGGGACGGCCUCUCCGAAUCUUCUCUACCAGAUUGCGAGCACUUUAAGCUCUUUUGAGAUGGGCCCCGUGGUUGCCAUGUUUGCACCCGCCUGGCUGGAUAGCAUCCGUGAUACGAUCCAUUCGCCACAGGAUGAGCCUCGCGAGCGGCAAGCGGCAGUUUCUCCAAGGAAGCGCAAACGCUCGCGCCGCGAGUUGGAGGCAGUUGCGGAGGUAGGUGGCCCUUCUCAUGGGAAUGAAACCUUCGAUGGCGUUUCUGAGGACAUGUUUCCAUCUGCUCGUUUGGCACAAACACAAUCACAGGCUUUGAAGCUUGAGCACGAAGGCGUCAGUCUUUACGCUGCAGAACGUCACGACCACGGCGCUGGAGAAUCAUUGACAGUCAUGAGCAUCGUCCCAGACAGCGAUCGUGUGAUCCUCAUCUCCUGGGAGCUCGGUGAUAAGCAGCUUUUUCUCUGCGCAGCAAGGACCCUCAUCAAUGACUCUGGUCUUGGCAAUUACGGAGAAGUCGUCGGUCCCUCUGAUUUAGUUCUCACGAAUCACAGAUACAACGGACGGAUGAUGGGCAUGAUCGACAGGAUCAUACGGAUGCGAGCCGAUAUUGUUGCAAUGGUCUUCAAACUCCUUUUGGAGAUGCAGAGCAAGCUUUGCCACAGCUUGAGCUGCACAGUGCAAGGCUGCAACACGGAGAGACAAGAAAACUGCGCCAGAGUCAUUCUCGGCGCUUUCGUUCAGUUCCUUCUUCAAAACCCCGACCUCAACUGUCUUGACAGGCCAGCCGCAUACAAGGGUACCGUGCGGGACCUUGUCCACAGACUUCAGUACGGGGCCUCGGUACGUGUUCGCGCCAGACAUGCAAACUGCAAUGCCUUUGCCGAGGCGGUGGCGCGGAUCACGGACUAUCACCUCGACGUGAUGCGAAGUGUGAGACUUUCCGCAGACCAGGUUACGCACAUGGGUUUGCGAUCGGCGACAAUAUAA